AUCAUUAAUUCGUUGUUUUAGCCAUGCUAUCUGCGUGCGUAUGGUGCUUAAGAUAUAAAAAGUAGCGACUAUAAGGCAAAUGUUCUCAUUAGUGCUACGAAGCAACAGCAAUGAAGGGUUUCGCCUUGCUGAUUUUUGCGCUUGGAUCCAUUUGCGUGGAGGCAUACAUUGUGAAUCCGGGCCCAAAAUACGUUGCCACCAAAGGAGCAGUUUGGCCCAAACCUCAGGAGCAAGAAUUAUUCGAGACGUUCUUUACCAUCAAUCCUGCUGCAUUCAAAUUCGUGGUGGAUAGUUCCACUUGCAACAUUCUAUACAACGCAGUCCGAAGGUAUGAAGAAAUAAUCAGCAACCAGCGGCUAAGCAAAUUGAAGAAAAAGCAGUCGAAACAUAUCGUCGCUGCGCCUGAUGAUGACGACCGAUAUCUGGGGCAAAUCGACCAAGUCCAGAUAAGUCUCAAUGAAAUUUGCGACGACACUUCCUAUCCAGCCUUCCAAGCCGAUGAAUCAUAUUCCCUAAACAUUGCCAUUGAAGAAUCCACUAUCACAGCCAGGACAGUUUGGGGGGUUUUGAGGGGACUGGAAACGUUUUCCCAGCUGUUGUAUACCGGGGAAGAUGGAUCAAGUACUCGCGUGAACGCCACGAAAAUCCGGGACUUUCCUCGUUUUCCUGUUAGAGGCCUGCUGCUGGACACGUCCAGGCAUUUCAUCCAUCUGGCGCAGAUUUAUCAACUCCUGGACGCGAUGGCUUAUAAUAAACUCAACGUGUUUCACUGGCACAUUGUGGACGAUCAGAGCUUCCCUUAUGUUAGCAUGAAAUUUCCUGAACUGAGCGAACUGGGAGCCUACAAUUCGGUGGAGUUUGUCUAUGCUCCAGACGAUAUUAAGGCAGUGAUCGAGUAUGCAAGACAACGCGGGGUUCGGGUGAUUCCGGAGUUUGAUACUCCUGGCCACACCAGAUCCUGGGGAGUUUCUCAUCCAGAGCUACUCACUCCUUGCGACGACAUCGAGGAGGGCUCCUUUGGCCCGAUGGACCCCACCAAAGACUCCACAUACUCCUUUAUAAAGGAGUUGUUUAGCGAACUGCGAGCUCUCUUCAUCGACCCGUUCAUCCACCUCGGAGGCGACGAGGUGGACUUUGAUUGCUGGGAGUUAGACGCCAGUAUAUCCAGCUUCAUGACUAGGGAGAACAUUCGCAACUACAGCGGGCUGGAAGGCUACUAUAUCCAGAAAGUGAUCGACAUUGCUGAUGAGCUCAACUUCAACUCCAUUGUGUGGGAAGAAGUGUUCAACAAUGGAGUGAAGCUCCCAAAUGAGACAAUUGUUCAUGUCUGGAGGGAUUGGGAAGGGAACUACUGGAACGACACCAUGCGCAGUGUGACGAAAGCGGGAAAAAAGGCUCUUCUUUCGGCCUGCUGGUACUUGGAUCAUCUCAGCACUGGAGGCGAUUGGGAGAAGUUCUACCAGUGCGAACCGACAAAUUUCGGGGGCACUCCCGAACAAGUCAGCCUGCUACUUGGAGGAGAAGCAUGCAUGUGGUCCGAAGUCGUUAACGACUACAACGUAGUUCAGAGGAUUUUCCCCAGAGCGUCCGCUCCUGCGGAGAAAUUGUGGUCUGCUUAUGAUGCUGCUGAGCCUGAUCUAGACGAAGUUGCCAGAAGGCUGGAAGAGCACGUUUGCAGGAUGAAUGCCCGAGGCAUACCGGCGCAGCCCCCAACAGCUGCAGGAUUUUGCCUGUAGAGAACUUUGCCAAUUUCCAUCCAGUUUUGCUCCAGUAUUCAUUAAAAACAAAAAACGUCCAACA